AUGUCAGCUGCAAAACAUCUCUCUCUCUCUCUCUCUCUCUCUCUCUCUCUCUCUCUUGAUAUCUGCAUUUAUUUUAUUUACUUUCGUUCUUCUUUUUCUGUAUUCUUUCUUGCUUUCUUUCUUUUUUCUUCUUUUUCCUUUCUUUCUUCUUUUCUUUGCUUCUCUCUUUUUUCUUUACUUUUCAUUUCUUUUCCUCUGAUCUUUUCGUUCAUAUCACUUUCUUCUUCUUUUCUUUCUUUUUUGUCCUCCCUUUUCCAUCCUUUCUUCUUUUCUUCGCGUCUCACUUUUUUCUUUAUUUUUCUUUCCUCUAAACUUUUGUCAAUGUCGCUUCUUUCUUUCUUUCUUUCUUUCUUUCUUUCUUUCUUUCUUUCUUUCUUUCUUCAGGACCGAUUCCAUUUCUUCUGCUUCUAUUCUUCAUCUCUUCUUUACAUUUAUUUCAGCUUCUGUUCUUCUCUCCUCUUUUUUCUUUUAUUUUUCUCUCUUGCUUCUUUUUCUAUAUUUUUCUUUUUUUUUCUCAACAACACUGAUUCAAUUUUCACCGCUUCGCUUUCUACAAAUGUUUUUCUUCAUCCCAAAAGCCUCAUCUCUGCUCCCAAAUCCAAUCCGUCCUUAUAG